CUCUCCUCUCCCGAGAGACCCCUCCCUCCCUGUUCCUUCGUUGCAGUGGUUCCUCGAUUCCACAUGUAGACGCUUUUUUUUUCGAUUCGCUUUCUUGAUUGAUAGGGGAAAUUAAUCAGGUAGUAUAUAUCAUCCAUAAAUAAACUUAUUAGUUAUUAAUGUUGGAAAGCCAUUCUCCUAGGUAGUAGAAAGUAAGCUUUUUGCCUAGGGUUGCAGCAAAUACUACUAGUAGUAUUUCUGUUGAACAGAUAUCAGAUUGGCCCUGUGAACAACCAAGUGACUGAUUUAAUUACUUUCUUUCUUGAACAACCAAGUGCUACAAGUGCUAGCAACUAAUUUGCAUAUAUGCUCUGGUUUUCUUGUAAUUAAUUAGCCAGGUGCCUCCAAAGUCCAAAUAAGUUGGUUCAGAUUCAGCACGUUUCUUUGUAUUCUCUUUCUUAGUUUAUUAUUAUUAUUCCGGCUCUGCUUGCUACUUUAUUAUGGUGGUAGCGCCAUUUUUUUCUUUCUAGCAAUCUCCAUGCGUGCCUGGUUGGUUCAGAUUCUUUACAUUUACUACUUUGCAUUAUCUUAGUUAGUCCAUAAAUAAAGUUAGUUAAUGUUGUAAAGCCAUUCUCGUAGGUAGUACUAGUAGAAAGUAAGCUUUUUGCCUAUGGUUGCAGCAAAUACUGAGUUCUAUUUCUAGUUGAACUCGUUAAUAACUGCACCGUGUGAAUUCAACUCAUCGGCUGUGGCAAAAUGAUUUCCAAGAAAGAGCCACACGUACUAACUAAUUUGCAUAUCUGCUCUGAUUUUCAUCUUAUUAAUUAGGUGCCUCCAAAUAAGUUCUCAAAGAAAAAGUUGGUUCGGAUUCAGCCUGACGUGACUGGAUAGCAUACACAUGGUUCUUCCAGAAUUGCUUUCUGUGUAUAAUUCAGAAUUAAACUGAAUUGAAUUUGUUCCAUGGAGGACCUACCUGAGGCUCUGCUGACAGAGAUUCUCAACAGGAUCACUAGGACAAGUGAUCUCAACUCUCUUUCCCUUGUGUCAAGGCAGCUCUACAAGAUAGAGGGGAGUCAAAGGGGUGCUAUCCAUGUUGGUUCCGGUCUUUGCACUGCUGCAAAAGCACUGACAUCAUUGUGCGCCCGCUUCCCAAAUCUGCGGAAAGUGGAAAUCGAUUACUCUGGCUGGAUACCUGGACAUGGAAAGCAGCUGGACAACAAAGGCCUUCUUGUGUUUUCAUCUCACUGUUCCUCGUUGAUUGACCUCACCUUAAGCUUCUGUUCAUGCAUUGAUGACUCUGGGCUUGGUUGCUUAGCGAAUUGCAAGAGAUUGGUGUCUCUCAGGCUGAACUCCACACCACAAAUAACUUCGAUUGGGCUUUUCUCGGUUGCAGUUGGUUGCACAAGUCUAUCUGCUCUCCACCUUAUUGAUUGCGAGAAAAUCGACAGUGUAGAGUGGCUGGAAUACCUUGGUAGGGAUGGAUCGUUGGAAGAGUUUGUAGUGAAGAAUUGCAAAAGAAUCAAUCAUCAUGACUUCCUAAAGUUUGGUCCAGGAUGGAUGAAGCUCCAGAAGUUUGAGUUUGAGAGGAAAAGAGGAAAAUAUGAUAGUCUUAUAGCCGUAGGUGGUAAGGUCUAUGACUCCUCGCACGAUGCUCACAGCAUGGAUAUAUAUGAUUUUUGCUGUGAGAGUUUGAAGGAUUUAAGGUUGGCGCAUAUUAAAACUUGGCCAGAUGUAGGACUUCGUGUUGUCCUAGGGAAGUGUAAAGCAUUGGAGAAGCUUUGCCUUGAGUAUGUUCAUGCCCUAAAUGAUAAUGACAUGAUUGCAUUAUCUCGGAGCUGCAGCAACCUUAAAAGCAUCUCACUUUGGCUCAACCUGCAGCUUUACUCUAGUGAUGUCGGCUAUUGUGAAACCAGGACGUCAUUUACAGAUAACAGCCUUUACGCUCUAGCCCUAAACUGUCGUAUGCUUCAGAUCGUAGACCUCAGCUUUACAGGAUGUUCUCGUGACUGGCCAUCAGAAAUAGGAUUCACACAAGAGGGUUUUCUGGUGCUCAUUCAGUCCUGCCCGAUUCGUGUUCUCGUGCUCAACAACGCCAACUUCUUUGAUGACAAGGGGAUGAAGGUCCUCGCAUCCUCACCUCAUCUGGAGACACUCGAGCUUAUACUGUGCCAUGCAGUAACUGAUGUUGGGAUGCGCUUCAUUGCGCACACCCCAUGCUUGAGUAAUCUCACACUUCGGAUGUGUCAUAACGUUACUGAUGCCGGAGUGGCUGAACUGGGACGUGUACAUAAGUUAGAGUCUUUGGUCAUUGAGUAUUGUGGUGAGAUCUCUCUGGAAGCUGCGCAGGGUGUUGCCAAGUCGGUUCGCUACUCAAAGGACUGUUCAGAUGCCCUUAUGAAUACAAUUGGUCUUGGGGCCUAUUGAUGAAGUGGCCUCCAAAAUUUUCAGUAUGAAUUUGCUGCUGAAGCCAUUAAGUUGUUCAGUGUGCAUCAUUGGAUAAGGUUGUGCAUCAUCCGACCCAGAUUCACCUCUCUGAACUUUUUGUUGCCUUCUACCUUCACUGCAAUGAUUUUCCUUUAUGGCAGUCUAGUGAUGAUCUUUUGACGGCAUCUGCUGAAUGAAACUUUAAUAGUAGGCACCACUUGUGUAUUAAUAUAAACCGUACGUAAUUCUGGUUGCUUAAGUUCUACUCUUUGUAGCCGUUUUGAAACCGGCAUAAGUAGGCCUCAAGAUUCCCUGUUUUUGCUGUGGAGUCACUAUAUGACCGUUUGGUGUUAUUUGUAUUA